AUGGGGGGAGAUUUGAACCUGAAAAAGUCAUGGCAUCCUUCACUGAUGAGCAAUCAGAAGAAGGUGUGGGAAGAGGAACAGAAAGCGCUUGAGGAGCGGAAGAAGGUCGAUCAAAUUCGCAAAGAGCGUGAAGAAGAACGCCAGAUACAGGAAUUGCAAGAGUUGCAAGAGGCUGCGGGUGGAAAGAAGAGACAGUCGCGGGUGGACUGGAUGUAUCAAGGACCCUCGACUGGACAGACUGGGACAAGCGAGGAGACCGAAGCAUUUCUGCUAGGCAAGCGCAGGGUCGACACAUUGUUACAGGGGAAAGAGAAGGAGAGUCUGCAGAAGGCGACGACUCAGGAAUCAUUCUUGGCCGUACAAAACGCAAAUACUGCCAGAGAUACUGCUUCGAAGAUCCGAGAUGACCCUCUCCUUGCAAUCAAGAAACAAGAACAAGCAGCCUACGAAGCGAUGAUGAACGACCCGGUCAAGAGACGCAUGUUAUUGAGAGCCGCCGGGCAAGAACAAGAAGAGCCAGAACGCGAGCGCAAGCGGAGGAAACACCAUCACUCUUCCCACCCUGAUCGAGAUGCGCAGUCUCGGCAUCGCUCGAGGCACAGGUCUUCUAGAGAUGACGAUCGGUCACGCCACGAGCGCUCGAGCAGGCGUCGGUACGAAAGUCGAAGUCCUAGCGAAUCGCAGUCGCGCUCACCAGAGAGGAGGUCUUACAGACAUGAGUCAAGCAGAAAGAGACAGCGCUCACGUUCCCCUGGCAGAAGAAUUAGAUCGCGAUCUCCAUACCGUGAACGUCAUGCUGAAAAGUCCCUGCACAAAGCACGCAGUUGGCACGACAAUCGACGCAGGUCUCCUUCUCGUUCAAGCUCUACCCCUCGGCGGGGAUCAUCUCCGGCUCCCGAUAACGAUCGAGCUGCAAAGUUAGCUGCCAUGCAACAAGACGCGUCAGAGUUGGAUCUGCAAAGGCAACGCCGUAUGCGGGAAAUUGAAACGCGCGAACAGCAAGCCGCACAGCAGGAGGACAGAGCACGUGCACGCAACGCCCGCUAUGCUGACGGUUCGUUGAAGCCGCGACUAAUCGCGAAGGCUGGGGACUUCGACGACGAUUUCGUCGCGAUCACUGCUGUGUCCUGGGACAAAUCGAGGUUCGCUAAGAACGAUCUUGAAGAUGUCUGCCAUCGAUACGAGAAGGAAGAUGAUGUCUGGUGUCGCAGCUUCCUGUCCUUUGUCAUUCUCCUCCAACCAUCUAAGAUGAAAUGUACCACAAGCAGCAAGAGAGUCUUUGCGAUUGACAACACCAAAGCCAAGAUACCAGCUGGUCCUCUCGUCGUCGAAAGAUCGACAGGCCACAUCUUCAUGGUGGCAAAGUUGGAGGCUGACACCCACUGCGCCUUUGUUAGCUCAAUCGUCCCAAGCAACAAGCACAAGAAGGGUUUCGUCGAGUACAUGAGGUCAGAGGAGGUCGUGGUACCACUACCCUCCAAGCUAUACUUUCCUAAGCUUGAAUCCAAGCCUCUCAAUGGCAUACGGGUCGCCGUGAAAGACAGUAUAGCCUUGAAGGGCCUGCCAACCUCCUUCGGUAGCAAAGCCUGGCUCGAAACCUAUCCUGCUGAAAUUGCCACAGCACCAUGCAUCCAGAAGUUGAUGGACGCAGGAGCCGUGAUUGUUGGCAAGGUGAAGUCAACCGAAUUUGCUGAAGGUCUCCACCCAAGUGACUGGAUCGACACAACGUGCCCUUUCAAUCCUCGCGGUGAUGGACAACAGAGUGCGUCCUCAUCUAGUGCCGGUAGUGCGUCUGCUGUGGCUGCAUACGACUGGUUGGAUGUAUCCGUCGGCACUGACACUGGUGGAAGUAUCAGACAUCCAGCUGCAGUUAGUGGUCUUUAUGGACAGCGACCCACUCAUGGUAGAGUUGAUCUUGCUGGCGUGCUCGGAGCGACUGACUUGUUCAACACAGUCGGUAUCUUCGCACGAGACGUAGAUACCUUCAGCAAAGUGGGUGGUUUCCUCGUGGACUCAACUCAACCUGAACGUGCACUGGUGAGUCAACGCAAGUUCAACUUGUUGUACCCGACUCGAGCUCCGCAGAGCGAGAACCCUGAUCCUCACUAUCACGGUCAGCAUCGAUGGUUUCCACAUCCGGAAGUCGAUCAGUCGACAUGGUCAGAAGCCGAGAAGCGAAUCGAGCAAACAGUACUAAACAUGGAAAAACUACUUGAUUGCAAACGCAUCCCAUUCAACAUCAACGAGCUUUGGCGUGCAACUCCGGUUAUUGGCCAGCCCAAGUCGUUGGAUGAGGCAGUCGGACACGUAUAUUCCGCAAUAACCACAUCUUCGGCAUUGCAUACUGGCAUUGAUGAGUUUGUCGCAACCUACAAGCAGAACAACGGAGGUGAAGAACCACCCAUGGCUGCCAUCGUCAAGGCUCGUUUGGAAUACGGACGAAAGGUGACUCCCGAAGCUAUUGCCAGCGCACUUGAAGCAACCCAAGCUUUUCGAGAAUGGACAGAGAACACUCUGUUCGGCUCAUACGAUCGCGAGGCCACAACUUUACUCAUCUUUCCACAAACAUGUGGACGUCCUGAUUAUAGAGACGAGAUCCCCAGCUACACUGAACUGUUCAACAACACUUUCAGUAUUUAUGCUUUUGGUUAUCUGGUUGGUUGCCCUGACUACACCUUGCCAGUCGCUGAAGUGCCGUUUGAGUCACGCAUCACUGGCCAGACUGAAUAUCUACCUGCAUCAAUUAGUCUGAUUGGUCGUCCUGGAACCGACCUUGAGCUCUUCGAUGUGGUCGAAUAUUUGCGUGAGAAUGGAGCGCUAUCAGACUUGACCGCUGGCUCGCGAAUGUUCGUAUAG